UGUUCAGAUUUCCAGAAAUGAGCUACGCUCUUUCCCCUAGAAAACUACAACACCCAGAAAACAGCGCAAGCCACCCUAGCCCAAUAGGAGCGUCCUAUGUAACGGGGCGCGGAGCCCAGCGCUGGCAGCUCAAGAUGGCGGACGAGAGUGAGACAGCAGUGAAGCUGCCGGCACCUCCGCGGCCACAGAUGAUGGAAGGCAACGGGAACAGUCAUGAGCACUGCAGCGAUUGCGAGAACGAGGAGGACAACAGCUACAUCCGGGGUGGUUUGAGUCCAGCCAAUGACACUGGAGCCAAAAAGAAGAAAAAGAAACAAAAAAAGAAGAAAGAAAAAGGCAGUGAGUCAGAUUCAGCCCAGGAUCAGCCUGUAAAGAUGAACUCUUUGCCAGCAGAGAGGAUCCAGGAAAUACAGAAGGCCAUUGAGCUGUUUUCUGUGGGCCAGGGACCUGCCAAAACCAUGGAGGAGGCCAGCAAACGAAGCUACCAAUUCUGGGAUACGCAGCCCGUCCCCAAACUGGGUGAAGUGGUGAAUACGCAUGGUCCUGUGGAACCUGACAAGGACAAUAUCCGCCAGGAGCCCUACACCCUGCCUCAGGGUUUCACCUGGGACGCCUUGGACCUGGGUAACCGGGGUGUGCUGAAGGAACUGUACACCCUACUGAACGAGAACUACGUGGAGGAUGAUGACAACAUGUUCCGAUUUGAUUACUCCCCGGAGUUCCUGCUGUGGGCUCUGCGGCCACCUGGCUGGCUUCCCCAGUGGCACUGUGGGGUUCGAGUGGUCUCAAGUCGGAAACUGGUUGGGUUCAUUAGUGCCAUCCCGGCAAACAUCCACAUCUAUGACACAGAGAAGAAGAUGGUAGAGAUCAACUUCCUGUGUGUCCACAAGAAGCUACGCUCCAAGAGGGUGGCACCAGUCCUGAUCCGAGAGAUAACUCGGCGGGUGCACCUGGAGGGCAUCUUCCAAGCUGUGUACACUGCCGGGGUGGUGUUGCCAAAGCCCGUGGGCACCUGCAGGUACUGGCAUCGGUCGCUCAACCCCCGGAAGCUGAUUGAGGUGAAGUUCUCCCACCUGAGCAGGAACAUGACCAUGCAGCGCACUAUGAAGCUCUACCGACUGCCAGAGACUCCCAAGACAGCCGGGCUGCGACCGAUGGAGAAAAAGGACACUCCAGUAGUGCACCAGCUGCUCACCAGGUACCUGAAGCAGUUCCACCUCACGCCAGUCAUGAGCCAAGAGGAGGUGGAGCACUGGUUCUACCCACAGGAGAACAUCAUCGACACCUUUGUGGUGGAGAAUGCAAAUGGUGAGGUGACGGAUUUCCUCAGCUUUUAUACACUUCCCUCCACCAUCAUGAACCACCCGACCCACAAGAGUCUGAAAGCUGCUUAUUCUUUCUACAACGUCCACACCCAGACCCCUCUUCUAGACCUCAUGAGUGAUGCCCUUGUUCUUGCCAAAAUGAAAGGGUUCGAUGUGUUCAAUGCACUAGACCUCAUGGAGAACAAGACCUUUCUGGAGAAGCUCAAGUUUGGCAUAGGAGACGGCAACUUGCAGUAUUACCUGUACAACUGGAAGUGCCCCAGCAUGGGUGCCGAGAAGGUUGGGCUUGUGUUACAGUAACCAGUUGUCGGUGAGAUUGUGGAUAAAGCCACUGAGGACUCCAGCCGGCGAUGGAACCCACCACUUGUUGGUCCAGUCUCACUGGCCUGAGAGUCCCUGGAAGGGAACAGAACCGAACCGACUUUACAGACCGCCAGCGGACUCAAUGACUGCUUCUGUGGUGUGGGCUGUGCAACGUCACUUCCGGCCGCAUCUGGUCUCCCUGUUUUCCAAUUAAUCACAUCCUCAUGCAGCCACGAUCAAGGGAAUGUAACUGCUGAAACUAGCUCGUGAUUGGCAUAUUAUGGAGUUAACGGGUGAAUAAUAAAAGUAUAUAUAUUAUAUAUAUAAAUAUUUUUAAAAUCUUUCAUGUUCCACAUGCUCGAGGAUGCUUGGUCUCUAAUGAAAGGCUGACUCCUGUCGUCCUCAAGUUUUGAAGCCAAGGACGGAGGCAGACGGCGUCGGCACAGGAGAUGAUCUGGGCCUCAGCUCCCUGCACGCUGGCUCUAGGCUGAGGGACAUGGAGGGACCUACGGCUUGAGAGGCUCCGGGCGGGCAACGCUGUGCGGGAGUGGUCGAGACAGGUCCUGCUGAGUCCCUUCCAUUCAUGGCCUGCUCCCUGCAGGAUGCUAUCCUGGCCAGCGAUUGAGGGGCUUCUGUUCCCCGUGAGGUUUUGCCUUUCCAGCACCGUGGGCCCCUUGCCUGCGACCUCAUGGAGACCACGCCAUUCCAGUCCUGUGCAGCAUGCCUCAGAGGAGAGCCCAAGGCCACGGUUAACCCUGCUGCCGGCCAGGAGGAAGUGUGACGAGAGGCAUAUCUGGACUUGGCACGUUGCCACAGUCUGAGCUGGCUCUCACCGAUGCCAUCGUGUGGAUUUGUGUGGUGGUUGUGCCCGUUUCCCAGUCCUUUCGCCCAGUCACGUGGCUGUCCACACAGGCAUCUUCGGCUGCUCAUGUCUGGCCCUCACGCAGCCCCAGAGACAGCGUGGCUUGGGGCAGGGGUCUUCGCUGCACUCCCUCUUGGCUGCUCGAAGGGGAGGAAGCCUCCACCAGCAGGGAGCAAGCUGAGGCCGCCUUAGGCCAGCCUGGUGUGCAUAGCCUGCAGGCUGCUGUGGUCUCGAGCUGGAGUGCUUCGUCUGCUUGUGCUUGGUCAGACUGCUGCGUGGGAAUGCAGGCGGCUGCGCCAGAGGCUUCCUGGGUCUCAAGCCUCAAAGUCCUUCUGGUCCCGACGCUGACCUUUGAUUCCUCACUCCAGUCUCCAGACCAAAGAAGCUGCCGUUCUCGGUGGGAAGUGCAGAGAGGCGGCGGCUGCCUCAGCCUGGUGACUGGGACAGCACAGGACAGUUCUCACAUCUUACCGACCUUGGGCAGCAUCUCACUGUGCGGAAGCUCCUGUCAGUCCUGAUUGGUUUGGGCCAGGUCCCCGCUCCACAUUCUGCUGAGAUUCGGGGUACACGGAUCUUUGGAACAGGCUUUACUUGGUUGGCUAGAGUCAUGAAAUGAGGACCAGGGCUGUUUGGGAAGAAGCAGAACUGGAGGUGCCAACGCCUCCCUCUCUACAGCCAGGGUCCGCACCCUGAUGUUCUGGGGGGACCCCACCCAGGGCUGCAGGAGUCGGUCCUUUUCGGAUUCCUGGUUCUUCACGCAACUCCUUCUGGGUUUGGGGCCACGGAGUAGCACUGCAGGCUCAGGCCCUCCACAGGAGCCCUGCAGGACGGGCACUGUGGCAGGCCGGCAGCAGCAAGGGACGGCAGGGCUGCCUCGGGCAGCUGCCCUGAGGACAAAGUCUCCUCCUGCCUCUGGGCUCCACUGCACAGGGAGAAAGCUGGGUAGAGAGGUCCAACCAGUGUCCACCACCUGCUUUCCACAAAGAUGUGGCCUUGCCUGUGCCUCCCUUCUGCUCCUCCACAGCCCGAGGCAGUGGCCUGUGGUCUUGAAUUCUUUCCCCAGAGAGGACCAGCAUUUAACUAGCCUGAGGGUCCAAGGCCUUGGACAGGCUCCAGAGCUGCCAUCUAGGGGCCAGGGACUGUCAGGCCAAGGGAGGGGACAGGGUUGUCUGGGGCCAGAUGGGGGAGACCAAGGCUCAGCUUCUCCCGGCGCCCCCAGGGAGGUGGGCAGUAGCUCUAGGAAACACUAGGGUUACAGGCAGUGUGGUGUCCUUUCCGUUGUUCUGGGACAUGUCCACUUCCAUGUUUGGGAGGAAAUAACCAAACGCGGUGUUGUUCCACUCAGUGCAUCACACUAUUUUUAAUAAAGGAAGCCACUGGACAAACCCCUG